AUGCCUCGGGCUCCAAAUUGUUACACUCUUUUCAACGUUCUGGUGUGCAACGCUGUCACUGUGUCAGCGUUACCCAUUUACCCCACCUUCGAAACCUCCGUUGAUCUUCGACCUUUGAUCACUGUUGUGAUCGCCUUCCUCGGCUUCUUGGCUAUGUUUUUGAUGAUCAAGUAUAUUUUUCUCAAGUCUCGUCGGAUAGAAACCAUCCACUCCCCUCACAACCCAUCUACGCCCCAAUUCCGAAACAUUGACGUUGAUCUCAGUGAGAAGACUCAAUCUCUAUCAGGGUCGAAAUCGAGUCUAAGGGCACCGCCGGCACGGGCCUUGCCGGCAGAUCUGGACGACAUACUCGUGGGCUGCCUAGGAUCUCCGCACUGGGAGACGACGUCGCACUCAACGCUGGAUUUCUACAUGCGAAAGCAACGGCAGGAGGAUCGCCACGCCUAUCAACAGCACAAGGCCAAGGCUCAACGUCGUGCGCGACAAACAAAGGCCCGGAUGAGCAUCGUGGGGAGAAUCAGGGCGAGCUUUGUUCCCGCUCCCGUUUCUGCUGCCGUUCUACGCUUUUCACAUGCUUGCCCUUCACUGGACGAACUAGAGGCUCAGCUAGAUAGCGGCGCUUUCUAUGAUCCAAUGUUUGGAGUCAAUAGGGCUUCUCGUCUUACUCCGCCAAAGCCAGGAGACUUGGGCUACAAUGACUCUUGGACGACUGCGGGGGACACCGAGGAACUGGAGAAGCUAGGGCUAGCGUCCCCCUUAGAAGACCCACGCCGACGCUUGAAAUUUACCGACCACUCUUCUGCUAAAUUGUCUAGUUCCUCGUCUUUCGUGGCGCUCCCUUCGAUGGCCUCCGUCUCCGUCGGUUUACAGCGUGCCUCGCUGCCAGUGCAUAUCGUCUUUGAUCACGACUCUGAUAGCUAUAGCGUGCGGGAACACGUGGGCUCGCAAGAAUAUCUGAUCAGGGCGCAGGCCUCUCAAUCCUUCGUAGCGCCUCUUUCUAACAGGGGCGGACAGUUCAGGAGCGAAGGACUUCCCUCAGAUUCGGACAUGUCUUUAGCUUCUCCUACGGAGCUCACCGACGCCAUCCUUUUUGCUGCCGGGCUCUCGGGGCUGAGGAGCUGGACAUUGGAGUGCUCGGGCUUGACAGGUACAGUUGGGCAGAGCCGCACCGCAGCGACGAUUCGCGGAUGA